AACCCAAAUUUCAAACAAUGCUUUUUCUUUCUCCAGUACAUUACUCUAACGUGCACAAGUUCGAAUUCCAAUAAAUUAAUGAAAGCAUCGUCGCAGCGCUUUGCCACGUGGAUCUGUUUAAACCAUCUUCCACUCUCGAAUUCCAUUUCCACCGUCACGCUCCCUCUCUUUCCUUAACGCCUAAGCUGUCGCCUAAGGGCACGACCGUCAUUUCAUUCAAAACUCUUUCUUCAAUAUUCAUCUCCCUCUCCGUUACAAGGAGAAGAAUCGAAGGAAGAGAACGGUAACGGAGAUGGGGCUUCUGUCUAACAGGGUUACUAGAGAGAGCCUGAAACCAGGGGAUCACAUCUACUCUUGGAGAACUGCUUAUAUCUAUGCCCAUCACGGCAUUUAUGUUGGUGAUGACAAAGUCAUUCACUUCACUAGACGUGGGCAAGAAGUAGGGACUGGUUCUGUGCUAGAUCUUCUCCUUGUUAGUUCAGGACCAUCCAGGUCUCGAGAAACUUGCCAAACUUGUACAGCACCACAAGAGGAGCACGGGGUUGUUUCCUCAUGCCUAAACUGCUUCCUAGCUGGUGGCGUCCUGUAUCGGUUUGAGUAUGCUGUGUCCCCUACUCUCUUCCUUGCUAAGGCCCGUGGUGGAACAUGUACUCUUGCAGUCUCUGACCAGGAUGAUAUUGUGGUCCAUCGAGCAAAAUAUCUACUUGAAAAUGGUUUUAGGUGCUACAAUAUUUUCAAGAGCAAUUGCGAAGACUUUGCCAUCUAUUGCAAAACCGGGCUUCUUGUUGUUGAUCAAGGAAGAAUUGGACACAGUGGCCAAGCAGCUUCCAUUAUAGGGGGACCUCUUGCUGCUGUUCUAUCAACGCCCCUUCGUCUGGUAACUACUAACGUUUAUGGAAUGGCAGCAACAGCCAUUGGAGUCUACUGUGCCAGUAGGUAUGCUGCAGACGUUUCAAUGAGGAGGGAUGUGGUGAAGGUAGAAGUGGACGAGUUGACAAGAAGUUUGGCCACUGGCUUGCUGCAUGUUGUUGAGCCCCAAAUUUCAAUGAAUAUUGCUCAUCAAUCUCCCCAGCUUGCCAGUCAUUGAUUUAAUAUUGUCUUUGUUUAAAUAUUUGGCUAAGAAUAUCCUGGGUAUGUGAGUCCCAUGCGUUUUUCUUUUCUUCUUCUGGGUGUGUAAGCAAUAUAAAAUUUAAUUGAAUAAUACUAUGGAUUUGCAUAAUUUAUUCUGCUGUUUUACUUGUUGCACAAGAUCAUGAGAGAAGGGGGUUUGUAUUGGGAUCUAUUUUCUUGUUUACUCA